GUCCUGGACCCAGACCAUGAACUACGUGGGGCAGCUGGCGGGGCAGGUGUUUGUGCAGGUGAAGGAGCUGUACCGAGGCCUGAACCCCGCCACCCUGUCGGGCUGCAUCGACAUCAUCGUGGUGCGGCAGCCGGACGGGACCCUCCAGUGCUCCCCCUUCCACGUGAGAUUCGGGAAGAUGGGGGUGCUGAGGUCACGCGAGAAGGUGGUGGACAUCGAGAUAAAUGGGGAGCCAGUGAGUUUGCACAUGAAGCUGGGGGAGAACGGAGAGGCCUUCUUCGUGCAGGAGACCGAGUGCGACCAGGAAGUGGUGCCACCAUACCUGGCCACCUCUCCCAUCCUGUCCGAGGCCGCGGCCCUGAUGGAGGCCCAGCUGGGUAAGGGCUCCUGCCGAAAAUCUGACCCCGCAGCCGGGCCCCCCGUCCAGACCCUGGGCCCCUUGCAGUCCGCGGGGGAGAACGGGUUGGCGAAGAAGAGGAGGAAGAGGAGGAGGAAGAGCAAGGUGGAGAGCGGGAGGUGGGAGGACAGCGGAGACCUGUCCGAGGAGGAGGACAUGUUUCCCAUCGACAUGAGCUCCGACGAGGAGGAGGAGGCAGAGAGCAGCGGCGUGUGCAGAGGGGAGAGGACUUCGCUGCGCGACCCCUACACGGAACAGAGCCCCAUGGGUACCUUCUCCAGCCGGACGUUUGAUCAGAGCGCAGUGUACACAUGCUCGGAAGGGGACUGGACUCACAUUGAGGGCGCAAUGCCUGAGCGGCCGUCCCACACCUGCGGUUUGCCGAUUCCUGCAGGGGAAGGCCUGUCUGCAUCCUGCCCCCCGCAGCCCACCUUCCUCCUGGCUCCGCAAAGUGACUCCCGCUCCUCCACCCCGAAGAGCGACUCUGAGCUGGACACCAAACGCUCAGACAACCCGGAGAUCCUGUGGGCCUGGGGUGAACUGCCCCACCCUGCCCAGCCGCCCUUCUUCCCCAUCCAGCCAGAGGAGCCAGCAAUGGCCCCCGUGUCUGUCCCGGUGUCCGUCCCGGUGUCUGUCCCGGUGUCUGUCCCGGUGGCUGUCCCGGUGGCUGUCCCGGUGUCUGACAGCGCCCACUUCAGGGUGAUCCCUGAGGGCCGCGCCCCCGAACCCCAGGCCGACUGCCUCCCCUCCAUCACUCUCUCCGUGCCCGAGGCGGGAGGGGGGGAGGCCGGAGCCUCUGCGGGACCCGAGGCCGAGGGCAUGAGGGGCACCCCCGGCCUGCUGUCCGAGCUGGAGGAGGGGGCACACAGCCUCACCUCCUCCUGUCCAAUCAGCAAGACCGACUCGCCCUCCAAGAGGAAAGAGAAAAGAUGCCGUCAUCUCGGAGAGGAUGGGGUUUACCUGGAUGACAUCACAGAACUGGAGCCGGAGGUGGCUGCUCUGUACUUCCCUAAAAGUAACGGGGGUGGCAGCAUAAAGACCAGUCUAGAGUGUGGGGCGCGGAGCGCUAACCAGUCACCGCAGUCAGUCAGCUCCGGGGUGGACAGCGGCGUCGACAGCUACUCUGACCAGAUAGGGGACCUGCCCUCUAUCGCCAUCUCUCUUUGUGGAGGGCUAACUGACAACAGGGAGAUCACUAAAGAACAAUUCCAGGCAAAGGCAAUAUCCUACCAACAGUUUUCUGAAAAUCCAGCCCUCAUUGAUGACCCAAACCUUGUGGUCAAGAUUGGAACCAAGUACUACAACUGGACCACGGCCGCACCGCUGAUGCUCGCUAUGCAGGCCUUCCAGAAGCCUCUUCCAAAGGCCACGGUGGAGAGCAUCAUGAAGGAGAAGAUGCCGAAAAAAGGAGGCCGCUGGUGGUUCUCGUGGCGUGGGAGGGCCAGCGUUAAGGCGGAAUCCGCUUCAGGAGAGGGAGAGAGUGCAGUGCAGGCUGGGAAGAUGGCGUCUGUAAACAGGCAGAAGGAGGAGUCUUCCUCCAGUGAUGAAGACUCCCGGGCGCUGAGGCUGGGCUCCGCCCCCAUGCAGCCUGAAGCCCUGCUCAGCCCGGGCAGCGUGUGCUACAGGAAGACCCUCCGUCUUACUUCCGAGCAGCUGCUGAGCCUGCAGCUGAAGGACGGCCCCAACGACGUGGUGUUCAGCGUCACCACGCAGUACCAGGGCACCUGCCGCUGUGAGGGCACCAUCUACCUGUGGAACUGGGACGACAAGAUCAUCAUCUCCGACAUCGACGGCACCAUCACCAGGUCUGACACCCUGGGGCACAUUCUGCCAACACUGGGCAAAGACUGGACCCAUCAGGGCAUCGCACGGCUCUACCACAGAGUCAGCCAAAACGGGUAUAAGUUCAUGUACUGCUCGGCGCGGGCCAUAGGCCUUGCGGGGAUAACGAGGGGGUACCUGCACUGGGUGAACGAGAGGGGCACCAUGCUGCCCCAGGGCCCAGUCCUCCUCAGUCCCAGCAGCCUCCUCUCUGCCCUGCACAGAGAAGUUAUUGAAAAGAAACCGGAGAAGUUUAAAGUGGAGUGUCUGACAGACAUCAAACACCUGUUCUACCCCAACACCCAGCCCUUCUACGCUGCAUUUGGGAAUAGGGCAACGGAUGUGUAUUCCUAUAAGGAAGUUGGAGUUCCAUUAAACAGAAUAUUCACUGUGAACCCAAAAGGAGAACUGAUCCAAGAGCACGCCAAGACUAAUAUAUCAUCGUACGGGCGUCUGUGCGAGGUGGUGGAUCACGUCUUCCCCCUGAUAAUCCGAGGAAACUCCUCAGACUUCCCCUGUUCCGACACCUUCAGCCACUUCACCUACUGGAGGGACCAGCUGCCAGAGGUGGACAACCAGGAGGAAGACCUGAGGGGCAGCUGAACCCAGCUGUGCUGCGCAGACAUGUGCAGACGUACGCAGACAUGCGCAUCCCUGCGCAGACGCUGGUCAGAGGCCUGCAGGAGUAGGCAGGAACAUGAACAUGCUGACAGCUGCUUUGCAUCAGGAUAGCAUCAGUAUACCUCUACGCACAAGCAAAAGAGCACUUUUUCCCUCAACAUAUCAGCAUAUCAGCAUUUAUUAUCCUAAUUUGAUUCCUAUUGCUAUUUGCUCUUAGGGUGAAAAGGCAAAUCUAGAUACUACUUUUAUAGUUUCAAUUAUCUGUGCAAGAGAUGAGAUGUGCAUUUAGAGAAAGCUUCUGCUUUGUGUCAGACGGCGAACCAUACUGCCUUCACAGUCACGCUGGCUCUCUCUGUGCCAAACCUGCGUUCCCACAGAGGAAGCGCACAGCUGCACUUUAGUGUGGAACCUCCUCACAGCGCUGCUGGCUGGAGUGAAGCUCUUCGUAGCCUUGCUGUGGUAACGGUCAGCAGGUCACAGAAGAGCAGGACACAGAGCUGUUGUCAUUUCUCCUCUGAGAGACGUAUGCGGCAGAAACUGUUCUCAGCGCAGCGUUUCAGCCACAGAAACAAAGGCGGUCUAAGAUGUGAGCAGUCAGUAACUACUCGCCACUGGCUAUUGAAACCCUGUGAACUCCACAGGCAUUAAUGCAUUCUGUCUUUAGCACAAUACCAUAAGGAGCAAGCCAAGUACUACAGGAAUAUAAACACAAUGAUGAAAGGACAGAGCCUGCAAACUGGUUAAUUGACUUUCUCACUCAUUAAUCAUUAAAUUGAAUGACAUGCAGAUUCAAAAAGGACACAAAGGAAAGUCAUUGGUCCUCUCUGGUUGCUCAUGUGUAUGCAGAGUGUGUAUUGUGGAUAAUGAAAGUAUUACAUUUGUACUUAAUAAUUUGUCAGCUACUAAGAAGUGUUAUUGUGAUAAUAUAUAAACUAAAAGCACUGUGAAAAUGAGAAUAUAUAGAGAGAAUAUACUGUUAUAUGUAAAUGAAAAUGUGUCAAUCAAAUUACAGUAAAAUGAUUGUGCCAAUAGUUAUUUCUACCAAGGCCACUGUGUCAGCUAGGUAGCGUUCUUCAAAUGAUAUUGAAUAGUAUUUUAGAGAAGAUCCAUUUCAAAUAUCCAUUUCAAAAUGCAUUCUUAUUCCUUCUAAAGUUUCCAUAUGUAGCACCAAUUUAACACUGUCAAAUACAACAACGAUCAAUGCAAAUUCCUGUUCGAUAGCACAAUAGCCCAGACCAUUAAAAAAAUGAAAUAUUUGUUAUCUGUUCUUAAGUGUUGGGGCAAAGCAGAAGAGACGACUUUGUCCAUAUCGGAUAAACUGUUCAAGGAAAACUCAGGGUCAGCUAUACCGUGUAGAUGUUUGUGAGAAAACAAAUUAUUUUAGGCACUCGGUUAUGUUCUCGGAAAGCCAGUGUGUGUGGUGAAUAUGCAUGACAGAGGGGUAGUUACCACUGAAAAUGCUGUGUGUUAUGGUACAGCCACAGGGUGUUUGUGCCACCUAUACUCCAUUCAGGGUGGAUUAUCCUAGAGAUGAUCCCAGGAACAUAACAUUCAAAGUGAUGUAAUUAGUAUAACAACUUAUUUAUGAAAUUAUUUUAUUUUUGUAAAAGAGAAUGUGUGGAACUGUCUUUUCUGUCUGACCCUUGAAGAACUUGAAUAGUUACGCGUUUCCAGUGUGCUGUGAAUGGACUGUAUAUUCUAAUUUGAGGCAACACUGGUAUGGUGCCAACUUUGAAAGAGAAUUGUAUAUAUUGUAAAUAUGUGAAGUUUAUUGACUGUGUACCUGACUGCAGUGUGGGAUCAGUAUAAGACAUACUUUUUAAUGUUUUUUUUUUAAUUAAUGCUUUAAAAAUUAGUGCUUCAAAAAAUGCUUCUUUCAGCUGGAGCAAACAGCCAGGGGGAAGCAGGCCCUGGACACAGCCUGGUGUUUGGCCACAGAAACGGUAGCUGGUCAAGCAGCCAGUGGCUGUGAUGCACUGACUCUUUAUACCCCUUCCACAGGGUCACUGUGAUUCAGGUGUGUAUGCAUGCUGUUCUAGAUGAGCAAAGCACCGUAGACUGCAAGUAAAAUGACUAAGGCACUGAUUUUCACCCACAAAGGCUGACCGUCCCCAAGCACCAGUAAUUUCAUGGUAAAACCUGCUUUUAAAAUGUUGUCACACGUGUGUUAACAGGACGCGGUUCUCGUGCUGUUUUAGGUGUGUAUUGUUUAGUGUGUGUUAAGAAGGUGUAAUAAGGACA